AAGAAACCUAUUCCUAUUUACUUAACACCUCACACCAUCCAAGAUAUACAUAUUCCAAGCCAACACAAUUACUCUUUCCCAGCGACACGUGUACGCCCCAGUCGCACGUUCGCCAUUUCACUGCACGCCAACACACCUGUCCAACUCAAGCCGCGAGUACUCCUCUCCCCUCUACUCGCACAAUACGCCGCCCGAUCCAUCCUCACCCUCCCCUAUAUACACCUCGCGAACCCCAACCCAGCGUUCUAGCUCAUUCUGCCACUCUGCCUGCAACCCCGAAGAACAGAGAGAGAGUCUCUAGAGAGAGGAGAGAUGAGAGCGAGCAACCACUUGAUAGGGCUGGUGAACUUCCUGACGUUCCUGCUAGCGAUCCUGAUCCUGGGCGGAGGGAUAUGGCUGAGCAGCCGGGCCAACAACACCGACUGCAUGAAGUUCCUGCAGUGGCCGCUCAUCGUGAUCGGGGCGGCUAUGAUGGUGAUCUCGCUGGCGGGGAUAGCCGGCGCGUGCUACCGCAACACCCUCCUCAUGUCCCUGUACCUGUGGGUGAUGUUCUUCGUGAUCGUGGCGCUGAUCGGGUUCGUGAUAUUCGCGUACGCCGUCACUGACAAGGGGUCGGGUCGCUCCGUGCCCAACCGGGUCUACAAGGACUACUACCUGGAGGACUACUCGGGUUGGCUGAAGGACCGGGUCACCGACCCAGGCUACUGGGCCAAGAUCGGCUCCUGCAUUAGGGACUCCAAGGUCUGCGCCCGCCUCCGCCAAGAGAUUGGCGGAGUACCCGAAUCCGCUGACAUGUUCUACCUUAGACAUCUCAGCCCGGUUGAGUCUGGGUGUUGCAAACCCCCCACAGAGUGCGGCUUCGUGUACGUAAAUGAGACUGGGUGGAACUCUGGUGGUGGGCUGGGGGGAGGCAGCCUGGAUUGCACCACCUGGAGCAAUGACCAGGAGCAACUGUGCUACUCCUGCAACUCCUGCAAGGCUGGUGUCCUGGCCAGCCUCAGGAAGAGCUGGAGGAAGGUCUCUAUCAUCAACAUUGUUGUCUUGAUUCUCCUGGUCAUCUUCUACCUCAUCGCGUGUGUGGCUUACCGAAACGAUGUCCGGAUGGACAAUGAUGAACCCUACGGCGAGACGAGGAUGACCAAGUCACACCCCAGUAGGAUUCAAUUCUAACUUUUAAAAGAACUUUCUCAUGGUGAUUGGUUGGAGCUUGACUAAUUACAUGAAUAGAAAGUUCUGUUUUCAUUAUGCAGCCAGGGUAUUUCCAUUCAGGGUUUUGUAAUAGAUUUCAGGGUUGGUUCAUUUGAUUCGGAUGGAACCUUGGGUUGUGCUUUUGGUUGCUCGUCUUAUAUAUUGUAUUGAAUCAGACUCUAGCUGGCAGGUGCUUCACUGUAUAUGUUGUAUUGGCGGUGCAUCUUCCUUUUAUAUGAAAUCCUUCACUUUGAAAA